UUGGGCCCCGAAUCCGGAAUAUGAGUGAUACGCGUGAGCAGAUUCUGGAGCAAAUCAAAGUGCAAGGCGAUCUCGUCCGACAGUUGAAAGCAGCGAAGGAGUCGAAGGAGAAGGACUUUGACGGAGAGUACCAGAUCAGUCAAGAUCGGAGUCAGCAUAGGGAUCGGCAGGCGGAGGAGCAGCGCCGGGGAGCAGCUGGAGGGGCCGUCUGAAGCGGUGGCCAGCAUGCCGGAGACGCUGCCCGCCACUGCGACGGUGACGGCGUCGAGCAUCGACUGCACCGUGGCGGUGCUCAAGGUGCCCACGCCCACCCUACAGCUGCCGGAGGUGUGCAAUCUGCAGAGCCUGGGCCUCAUCAUGGAGCCCAACAACAUUAACAUCGAGCUAAAUCCAGCCGCCGCCGCCGCCGUCACGCCCGCCCUGGAGCCAGUGGGAUUCAAGAUGAUGACUAUGGACAUUACCAAAACCGAACCCGGACUCGUCGGGCUUUCCUCCAACCAGCAGCAGCAGCAGCAGCAGUCCCAGCAAUCCAACACCGGCAUGAACAGCGGUGGCCAGAACAACGGGCCCAAUCCCAAUGGCAACGGGAAUGUGGUCAAUGUGGUCAACUCCGGCGGAGCCGGUGGCGGCAACAAUGGCAACGGGAAUGUCCAGAGCAUCGCCGCUGCGGCCAACAACAAUAACAAUAACAACAACAACGGUAGCCAAUUGUGCGCAGGAUGCGGCAAGCACAUCCAGGACCGCUACCUACUCCGCGCCCUGGACAUGCUGUGGCACGAGGACUGCCUCAAGUGCGGCUGCUGCGACUGCCGCCUGGGCGAAGUGGGCUCCACGCUGUACACCAAGGGCAACCUGAUGCUCUGCAAGCGGGACUACUUGAGAUUGUUUGGCAACACGGGCUACUGCGCCGCCUGCAGCAAGGUGAUCCCAGCCUUCGAGAUGGUGAUGCGCGCCCGCACCAAUGUCUACCACCUGGAGUGCUUCGCCUGUCAGCAGUGCAACCACAGAUUCUGCGUGGGCGACCGCUUCUACCUGUGCGAGAACAAGAUACUCUGCGAGUACGACUACGAGGAGCGCCUGGUCUUCGCCUCGAUGGCCAAUCAUCCGAUGCUGAAGCGCCAUGUGUCCUCCUUGGGCCAGGGAUCUCCGACCGGAGCGGCCGGGGCGCAGAACACCGCUGGCGGACUGCUGGGCGGCGGACCCGGGGGCGGCAAUGUGAACGGCGUUGGCGUGGGCAUGGUCAACGGACCGCGCACUCCUGGCGAUCACAACAACAACAACAAUGGCCCCCAAACGCCAACCGGCGGUGGCUCACCGUUUGCCGCAGCCGCUGCUGCCGCCGCCGCCGCUGCCCAUAUGAAGAAUCAACUGGGAGCGUCCAGCUAAAAUAAAGCCCUGGGCAUGGGCGCCACAGGGGCUGUUUUGGCGGGAUCUGGAGUCGGCGCUGGAGCUGGAGUUGGAGCGACGAGUCAGCAAUUCUACUCGGGCUUUGGACUGCAGCACCAGCACCAGCCACAGCAACACCAACAACAGCAGCAGCAGCAGCAGCUCAUGGGACUGGGCCUGGGGAUGGGCGGCGGUGGAGGAGCAGGAUCCGCCGGCGGAGCAGGAGGCGGAGGCGGAGGCGUUGGCAGCAUCGGGAGCGGGUGCAAGCGCUACCAAAGAAAGUUCUACAACCGCAACUGAGGGAGUCGACGGGGGAGAAAACGCUAGGGGAAAGGAUACAGAAUCCCGAAUCGAUAUUCAAAUCUUCGUUUGCUUUGACUGAGUUCAAGUUUUAUAGUUUUAAAGGCUUAUAGUUUAGUUAGCCUACACAAAAGUACUUGCUGAAUUUGCAGACAUUUUUGGAUCCUAUCAUUUAAGAGACAAUAUGUUUACUUAGUUCUAUUCGAGAAUAACCCCCUUUGUUCAUAAACAAGGUUUUUUUUUUUUGUUUCCACUGAAACCUGUACAUAUUUUCCUUGUAAACUGUUGACUUUUUAGCGCGAUCCUUUUUUUUUAUAUACACAACCUUAUAGAUAUAUUCGUAUUUAUCUAUGUAUAUGCAUAAAUAAUUUUAUUUUCACGCUCGAAGCGUGCGGUGCCAAAACAAAUUCAAAGCAGUGCCAAAAAGUUUAAAAAUAAACGAAGGAUAAAAAUGAA